AUGAUGAACGGAGUACCAAAGAAACGCACCAACUUGCGCAUCAAAGCUUUCCCGAUGUCAAUGGAUGAUCAAUUAAUUGAUAAUAUUUGGCUGUUAUUGAAAAAUGCUAUUCAAGAAAUUCAAAAGAAAAACAAUUCUGGUCUUAGUUUUGAAGAACUGUACAGAAAUGCCUAUACCAUGGUAUUGUUGAAACAUGGUGAGAAAUUGUAUACUGGCAUGAAGGAAGCUGUAAUAAACCAUUUAGAAAAUAAGGUCAGAGAAGAUGUUCUAAAGGCAUUAAAUAACAAUUUUUUACAAGUUUUAAAUGUUGCUUGGAUUGACCAUCAAACUUCUAUGGUGAUGAUACGUGACAUAUUGAUGUACAUGGACCGAGUGUAUGUUAAGCAUAAUGAAGUUGACAAUGUUUAUAAUUUGGGUCUCGUUUUGUUUCGUGAUUUAAUUGUUCGCUAUGGGUAUAUUCGUGAUCAUCUUCGAAUGACUUUGUUGAAUUUGAUAAAACUUGAAAGAAAAGGUGAAGUAGUUGAUCGAAUAGCCAUAAAAAAUGCAUGUCAAAUGUUAAUGAUUCUUGGAAUUACUGGGCGCAUUGUUUAUGAAGAAGAUUUUGAAAAACCAUUUUUGGAACAAUCUGCUGAAUUUUAUAAGAUGGAAAGUCAAAAGUUUUUAGAUGAAAACAGUGCAUGUAUUUAUAUUAGAAAAGUUGAAUCUAGAAUUAUAGAAGAAUCAGAUCGAGCAAAACAUUACCUAGAUGAUUCAACUGAAAGUCGAAUUGUUGAGGUUAUUGAAGUAGAACUAAUUCAAAGAAACAUGAAAACAAUUGUUGAGAUGGAAAAUUCUGGUGUUGUAUACAUGUUGAAGAACAACAAAAUUGAUGAUUUAGCAUGCAUGUACAAGUUAUUAUCUCGCGUUUCUGAAGGUUUAAAAACCAUGUCUGAUAGUGUUAGUCUGUAUUUACGGGAAUUAGGAAAAUCACUUGUACAAGGAGAAGAUAUUAAUAUUAAUGCAGUCAACUAUAUUCAGAGUUUGUUGGAUCUGAAAGAUAGAUUUGAUUUUUUUUUGGUUCAUUCUUUUAGCAAUGAUAAGAUGUUUAAACAAAUGAUUGCUGCUGAUUUUGAAUAUUUUUUCAACAUCAAUUCUAAGUCACCAGAAUAUCUAUCUUUAUUUGUUGAUGAGAAAUUGAAAAAGGGAGUGCGUGGGUUAACUGAAAAUGAUGUAGAGCUAGUCUUGGACAAAGCCAUGGUUAUUUUCCGCUUUCUUCAAGAAAAAGAUGUAUUUGAAAGGUAUUAUAAACAGCAUUUAGCCAAGAGAUUACUUUUAAAUAAAUCUGUCAGCAAUGACAAUGAAAAAAAUAUGAUCUCAAAACUCAAGACUGAGUGUGGUUGUCAAUUCACUUCAAAACUGGAAGGUAUGUUUAAAGAUAUGUCCAUAUCUAACACUAUCAUGGAAGAAUUUAAGGAAUACGCUGCUAAGUCUAAUAAUCCGUUUUUACAUGCUGUGGAUCUUACUGUGAGAGUAUUAACCACGGGGUUUUGGCCUACCCAUGCAUUAUCAAAAUGCAAUGUGCCGUUAGUUCCUAGAAGUGCUUUUGCAGAAUAUCGAAAUUUUUAUCUGGGGAAACAUAACGGACGACAACUAACAUUGCAACCACAACUUGGGUCAGCUGAUUUGAAUGCUGUAUUCUACGGUUCAAGACGACCAGACAAUGAAUUAUUGACAAGUGAAUCUAUUUCAGCUAAUUCCCUUAGCUCAUCUACCGUGCGAAAACACAUAAUUCAAGUGUCGACUUAUCAGAUGUGUAUUCUUUUAAUGUUCAAUACUCAUGAAAAAUUAACUUUUGAAGACAUACGAAGUGAAACUGAUAUUCCUGACAAAGAUUUGAUUAGAGCAUUACAAUCUUUAGCAUUAGGAAAACCCUCACAGCGUAUACUAUUGAAGACUCCUAAAUGUAAAGAAAUAGAAUUAACUCAUGAAUUCUGUGUUAAUGAGUUAUUUACAUCGAAAUUACAUAGAGUGAAAAUCCAAACAGUCGCAGCUAAAGGGGAAACCGAACCAGAAAGAAAAGAAACUAGAAACAAGAUAGAUGAGGACCGUAAGCAUGAAAUUGAAGCUGCAAUUGUACGCGUUAUGAAAUCUCGGAAAAAAUUGAUUCAUAAUACCCUUGUGUUGGAAGUCGUAGAACAACUCAAAGUCAGAUUCUUACCUUCUCCGGUCAUUAUCAAAAAAAGAAUUGAAGGACUGAUUGAAAGAGAAUACCUUGCAAGAUCAACAGAAGAUAGGAAAACUUAUCUUUAUGUUGCAUAA